UUACUUUACAUUUCUGUGUUCUUUAGUCGAUGCUAUAUGAACAUUUUUCUGUCAACACUCAAAUCCAACUGAGGAAAAAUACAUUUGGUGUUAUUAGAUAUGAAUCCGCUUAAAGUAAAGACUCGAAGUGUUUUCAAUCAUUCCUCAAAGAUGCCUUGCUUCGAUUACCAUAUUACCUAAAUCCCAAUCUCUUAGUAUAAAACUUGGGGAAGUUACAUGUCAUCAUUCAACAACCUUGUCGUGAUUCGGUAUAGAAAAUUACCAAUUCCAGCUAAUGACAUCUCUUCAUUGAGCCAUUCUAAUACAUUAGGAGGCCUUACAUAAGCCAUGCUAUCUCCUUUCUCUUGCACCCUCAACUCCCUUGCACAGAAACUUGGCAAAACUUGAACUAAGUUAACUUGUUUUUGCGAGGGCGUAACUCACAAAUGAUGUUUACCUUAAAUUUCCUCCCAUUGAUUUCGAUGUUUGUUAAAUUCAGUUUGGCGAUGUACGUUGUCGAAAAGAAGGGCAAUUCUAGUGAUGUCUCAGACAAUGGAACUGUUACCGAUCCUAUCGAAACGUUUAAGAAGCUUUAUCCCGUGGGUAGGUGGAAGAAAACGGGGUUUUUCGUGGAGGAUUACAUCAGUAAGAUUAAUCCUUAUUGGCUGCAAUUCGAACCGGCAAGUCACGUGAGUUAUUUAGUUAUCGGCGUGGUUUAUGUGGUGUUUUUGGUUGUUGGAUUGUUCGGGAAUCUGAUGGUGAUUUUCAUGUUCAUGAGGUGUAAGAUCUUAAGAACUUCAGGGAAUAUACUCAUAUUGAACUUGGCAAUAAGCGAUGGACUUAUGAUGGUCGAAAUUCCAGUUUUUUUGUUCAAUACCUUCCACGAAGGACCUGCAAUGGGGGAGAAAGGUUGCCUCCUCUAUGGCUUCUUGGGAGGUUUGUCAGGUUGUGGUUCGAUAAUGACGCUGACAUCCAUCGCCCUGGACAGAUUCUUCGUCAUCAAGUACCCCCUCAACAGGAAAUACAGCAAGCUACGUAUCAAGAUCAGCCUCCUGGUGACCUGGACCUACGCCAUCUUCUUCUCUAGCAUCCCCCUCUUCGAUACCGAAUUUGGCACUUACGUACCAGAGGGACUGCUGACCAGUUGCAGUUUCGACUAUUUAACCGACAGCAAGAGCGCUAGGAUCUUCAUCUUCGUUUUCUUCGUGGCAGCCUGGCUGCUUCCGAUGCUCGUCAUAUCCUUCAGCUACCUAAACAUCGUUCAAACCGUCGUUUUAAAGACCAAAGGCAAGAAAUUAGGGACCUUCAAGAACGAAUCGUUCAGGCACAUGAAAGAGGAAGAGAAAAACAGGCAAGAGAUCCGUUUGGCCUUCAUUAUAUUCUUCAUAAUAAUCCUGUGGGUGGUGUCUUGGACUCCCUACGCCACUGUGGCCCUUCUGGGGAUAUUCGGAUACAAGAACCUGAUAACGCCGAUGAGCUCCAUGCUCCCAGCCAUGUUUUGCAAAACUGCCAGCUGCAUAGACCCCUUCAUCUACGCCCUGUCCCACACGAAGUUCAAAAGGGAGCUGAGGAUCCUCAUCUUUGGGUCACAGAGGGAGAAGCGUAAACCGGUGAGGCCACAACGGAAGAAAAAGAGUUCGGUGAUGACUGUGCAGACCAUCCAGUCCUCAUUCGAAGACGAUAGGUACUCCAACGACGACGUAGAGAUCGAAUUUAUAAGGGUGGACUCCACACAGGGUCCAUGUCAGUACGUCAACGCGCAAAUGGCUCAAGAUUUCAACAACAUCGAAUCGGACAUUGACGAUACGGGGGCCAGUUGCAGCAAGUGGGUUUUUAAACCCACCUUCAGUAACAGGACUUCCAGUAUAAGGAAAUUGGCUAGGAGCAUGAGUCAGAAGGGGAGCCUGAGAAGUCAGAAUUCGCAGGAGAGGGACUGACUCUAGUUCCUCUAUCUGGGAGGUUUGGAUUCCGAAAUUUUAGAAUGUUUGAUGUUGAAGAUACAUCGUGAAGGGAGUGCUGUUGAGUACUUAUCCUUAAUCAGUAAGAUUAUGUACUAUAUUGGUCCUUGAAUUUCUUA